AUGACUUGGACAUUAGAAGAAGCUGUAGAGCAGCUCGAGAGUGCUGUUGCUGAGCUGGUGAAAGUGAUAGUUUCUUCGGCCUUUGAUUCUGGGCUGAAAACAAACAUACUAGAUCGUAUACUGAACGUUGUCGUGUCAUCUAGGCACCUUGAUCUGUCAAUUGUGACUUCAAUAAUCAAAAAUUUAUACCCCGCUGAGAGAGUUCCAGCAAAAGUUGUGUCCCGAGUGAUUUGCUCUCUCGGAGCCACAAAAUCAAAACCGUCUCCAGCGACGCAAAAUUUGCUUUUGAGAUGGGUUCUACUGGUCUAUGAUUGCCUAGUGAACCAGAUUCACCUAGAGAAAUUUUAUAGCAUCCUCUUUGAUAACUUGGAUAUGAUUAGUUUGCGCCGCCCGAUCUGCCAUCUACUCUCGCUCAUCACCCGGAGGAAACAUGUCAAACCAUUCCGUGUAUGGGCCUUGUUGGAGCUAAUCCGCAACACGGGUGGUGAUGAAAGAGAGCUUUGGGGGCUGCUGCGAGUCUAUAAAAGCUAUUAUCCUGACAUUAUCGUUGAUGAUACAGCGAUUCCUCGAAGGCGAGCAACCUACUUUUUCAAACAUCCUGACCAGGAAUGGACCGCGCACAUGAAAUUACUUCAGGAGAGGGCUGCAAAUACCGCUCCCCAGAUCGCCCCAGAAGCUUUUCAGGCUAUCCGUCGAGAUGGUGUCAAAAGGAGCCGGAUUGAGGUUGUUAUACCCGUUCCUAAAACUUCUCGUGUCCGGCGCGGCUUUACAUCUCUAGAAGAACUCAGCAAUGUACGAGAUUUCGUCAAGAAGCUAGACAAAAUUGAGCUUCCGAACCAGAUAGCUUCCGCGUUAAUGGAACCCCUAAGUCAGAAAUUCUUACUUCUAGUGCAGAAUAAAGAAGCAUUACAGAGGAUGGAAAGCUGGCUUACAAGCUUCUUUGAAGACGAACUAGAUCAACUGCGAGAAGAAAAUACUUCGUCUGAAGAACUAGGUUUUGUUCUUGAUAGUCUGGUCCGAUAUGUGAGAUAUACAAAGGCCUUUCCUGGCUCUCUUGAUAAGUUCCUCCAACAUUAUCUGCCAGUGUGGGAUGGAACAAGCCAUCGAGCAACGGUGCUGAGGCUCUUAGAAUAUGCACCUCUUCGUGAUGAUACUCUUCGCCAAUACUUUCUGCACUUGGAGAAUGCGAUUUUGGACAACACUAUGGAGUCCAAAAGUUUGGUUCUUCAGUAUUAUACCGCACUAAUACGGCGUUAUGGCAGUAUUCUCCGGUCGAAGACCUCUGUUGAUCAGGCCCUUGACUUGGUGAGCGUAGUCCAGAGGGCCGAGUUGAUGUCGUUGACCUUAAUGGAAUGCCCAGCAACCUGUGGUGCCAACCCAGCCAAGGACUCACGGCCCUCUAGUUCAUCUGUCAUGCAAUUCUACACACAACUGGCCGAGUUAUACGUUCAUGCUCCAACUAAUCCACUCAUACGGUUAAACACCCCUCCUCCCGAGACUGUAUACCUCCUCGUCUUCACACCCGUUCUCAGCCAUAUGUCAUUGAUGAGCAACGUGAUAGCGAUCUAUAAAUCUUCCUUUGAACAGUCCCUAGCAACUACAGCUUCCGCAGGUGAUGCCCCUAGGCAGUUGUAUGCAGAUGCUGUUGUGGCCAGCCUCAAUGGAUAUGUUCUAGAUAUCUGCAACCUACUAUGGCGAAAUAGGGGGUUGAAUGGUGAUGAGCCUAAUGCUCUUGGCUGCCUCGUAAGAAGUGACGUGGUUGAAUUGCUCACCGAGUAUAUCCAGGAGAGUCUAUUGCUGGAAAAGACGGGCAAGAGAUACUGGCGCGAUUAA